AUGUCGUCGGUGGUCGAAAGCGGCAGCGAAGAGUCGGAGACACCCGUUGUGGAGAUCGACAUGGGCGAAAGCGACCCCUCAGACUCUCAUGUAUCCUGCAAAAUCCGAUGGGGUCUGUGGACCCACAAGGUCAAGAGGAAGCUUACUUACUACGGGCUGGCGAUCCAGCUGUCGUGGCCCCAUUUCCAACCCUACGUCGCCGAGUUUCUGGGAACGCUGUUUCUAGUCCUGCUCUGUAUCGGCUCUCUGUCGUCCCUGGUACUCAUCGGGGCUCUCAAAGGAAUCUGGGAGCUGGCUGUUGUCUGCGGCACUGCCUUGGGCCUCGCCAUCUACGGAACGGCCUACGUCUCAGGGGCACACUUGAAUCCUGCAAUCUCGCUGACGAUGGCCAUAUGGCAGUACCGGACCGGGUUCACCUUCAAGAAAGCCCUGCUGUACUGGGUCGCCCAGCUGCUCGGAAGCAUCGCUGCCGGGUUCCUCAACUACGCACUCUUCAACGCCCUCAUUGCCGAAUACGAGCAGCUCAACAACAUCCAUCGCGGCCAGUCCGGAUCCGAACUCUCGGCCAUGAUCUUUGUGAACUACUUUCCCAACCCGGGGUACUACCCCCAGUACUACACCCCCACAACCAACGCCUCGUCCGCCUCCAUCAAUGGACCUUUGCUCACCCUGCUGAGCCCCGCGAAUGCCCUCUUUUGCGAAGCCUUUGGAUCUGGCAUGCUCUCCUUCAUGGCCUUUGCCCUGACUGAUCCCGACAACAGAGCCAUGCCCCGAAAGGAGCUUGCACCGUACUUUAUCGGCCUUACCCUCACCUGCCUAAUAGCCGUCAUUGGCCCAAUCACCAUGGCCUCCUUCAAUCCUGCCCGCGACCUCGGCCCUCGCUUUGUGGCCGCGGCUCUGGGCUGGGGCACUGUCGCCUUUCCAGGCUCACGCAUCGGCUUUUGGGUCUACAUUCUCGGCCCUUUCAUUGGCGCUCCGAUCGGCGGCGGAAUCUAUUUGCUGCUCCUCGGGAAGCGCCCAAGGUCAACGCGAAGCCGCCGUCUCACCCACAGCGCCCGGGAGCGACAAGUCCAUUAUGACGACGAGUGA